AUGGUUUUUGUCUCUCCUCCGCAGCAGCUCGUUAUGGCGUUCACCGCGGUGCUGCUGGUGUUCGUGAUGUUCCCGAGGCUGUUCGGCGGCGGCAGCAGGGACAAUCAACCGUACGAGUCGCGGAGCAACCGGAGAGCAGGUCCCGGUCCAGGUAUUGGAGCAGGCGCUGUGAGGAAUCAGCAGCAGCUCCACAAGAGCGCAGCGCCUCAGAUGAGCCACAGUGUGGAAAACAUGCAGCAGAUGAAGAAACUGAUGGAGCAGGAGCUCAAGAGCGACAAAUACAAAUCCAACAACAACAAGGGCUACGUCUUCACACUCAUGCCCAUCUACGCUAUCGGGGUCGGCCUCUUUGCUGCUUACAAGUUUCUCAAGAUCAAGUCUGCAAGUGACUCUGAAGCUCAAAAAGCCAAAACAGCUCGAGGAGUGAAGAAAUCCGAGGAAACUGAGAAUCAGCUGAAUGAGUUGGAGCAAAGGUUGGCUCAGACAGAGAAGAUGCUCAACUCGAUACUGACACAACUGGACCCGCUAACAAACUGUGUGAAAUCUGUUGCCAUGGAGCAGAAGAACGAGAUCAUGUCGCAGCUGCAGUGCAUUCGCCAGCUAAUGAAGAAGAGGGGCAUGGAGUGUCCAAACAUCAGGAUAGAAGAGCCGAGCUGUGAACGCAAUCUAGACCAGCUCAUCCAGACUCUAUCUGCAGCAGAAACACAGCCAGAAACCAGUCAGGAAACACAGACCAGUGCAGAAACACCGCAGACGGAAGAGGAAGUGGAAGAGGAAGUGGACUCACAACUGGAAGAGGAAAUGGACAGUGACUCUAGUCUGCCUUCCCUUGAGGAAAGUGUAGACGAUGUUUCUGACGGUCAGAAACUUCCAGAAGAGCUGGCUGAAGGAUUACGGAGGCGCCAUAGACCAGAGUAGGAGAAUCAGACGGAGAGGGAUAUUUAUAUUUAUUUAUUUAAUUCGUUGUUAUGAAGUGCUCAGUGUCUUCGUCGUGUGUUUAAUGUUAACAUUACUUCGGAUUUCUUAACCCUUUAUUUGAAAUGCUCAUUGGUAAAGCCAAGGAUAGCCUGGGGUUAUUACAAAACGUUUAUAGCAUAAAAACAUAUUGUAAACAAUGUUAGUGAAGUUUCCAUAAACAGUUCUAAAGGGUUAAUACACUAUCAUUCUGAAUAUUUAUAUUGUUAAUCAUAUUAUUAUUAAUUUUAUUUGGUUAAAAGUCUUUUCUGCUCACCAAAACUGCACUUAUGUGAUAAUACAAUACAGUAACAAUCGUGAAAUAUUUGUACAAUAUUAAAUAGCUGGUUUUUAUUUCAAUAUAUUACGAAAAAUUAAUUAAUUCCUGUUAUUGAAACCUGAAUUUUCAGCAUUAUUACUGUUUAGUUUCACACAAUUCUUCCGAUUUCAUUGCAAUAUGCUGACUUUAUAAUCAAGAAGCAUUUUUUUUAUUAUUUCUGAGGAAAACAUUAUGACACACAUUUUCUUUCAGGAUUCGUUGAUUAAAAGGAAGUUGAUACAAACAGCAUUUAAUUAAAAUCAAUUUAUUGUGUACGUUUAAAAUGAUUUGAUGUCAAUUCGUAUCCACAUCGGAAUGAACCACCAAUUAUUCCGGCAUAUCUCCCUUCCAGCCACUACCCCUUACUGGGAGGGGGGGAGUAAAUAACGACUGAACAAACGAAUGAAUGAAUGAGUGAAUGAAUGAAUAAAUAAUAUAAAUUUCAGUGUGGAGUUUGCAUGUUCUCCCCGUGUUGGCGUGGGUUUCCUCCGGGUGCUCCGGCUUCCCCCACAGUCCAAACACAUCCGCUAUAGGGGAAUUGACUGAAUUAAAUUGGCAGUAGUGUAUGAGUGUAUUGCGCAUGAGUGUGUAUGGAUGCUUCCUAGUCGUGGCGUGGGUUGCAGCUGGAAGGGCAUCGGCUGCGUAAAACAUAUGCCAGAAUAGUUGGCGGUUCAUUCCACUGUGGCGACCCAUGAUCAAUAAGGGACUAAGCCGAAGAAGAAUAAAUGAAUGAAUGAAUUAUUCAAAAAAAUAUUAACUCUGCCUCUUACUGACUUUGAAACUAAUUUAUUUUCCUAUGACAUCAUCAAGGCAAAGUGGGAGGGGCAUAUAAUGUCAUCCAAUAGCUAAACAACAAUUCAGGCAUCAUUUUAAUUGUCAUUUAGCCUUUUUAAAAUCUUUACAACAGUUAAAGCAAUAGAGGAAUUUAAUAGAGGUUAAUAUAAUGAAGGUUAUGGCAAAAAAGCGAAUAAUAAUAAUAAUAAUAAUGCGAUGUCUUACAUUACAGAUGCAGUGAGAAUGGCGUUUUGUGUUUACUUCAUUACAUGUGCUUUACUUUUGACUCCUAGUCUUGUAUAUAAGUGUGUUUGUUUCUCUCUGACAGAGUGAGGUUUGAUUUGCAUGUUUGUGGAGCAGAUUUUACACACAGCCGCAUGUUUCUGACACACAACCAUGUGUCCUGAAGCUUAUGAAACAUGCACAAACUUUUGAUGAGCUUUAAAACUUUGAGCUUUAUAAUUAUGCUUUCAUUUUGAAUGAAAUACCAAACACUAAAUGCCACUGAAUGCUAGAACAUGCACGCUGUUGCUGUCUGUGCCAAUUUUCAGCUUUAAUGUUUUCUUUUUGAACUGCUUUAUCAUAUGAUGUUACAGAUGUUUUAGCAAUAGAUUACCCUCUUAUUGAAGUUUUCAUCAGAAUAGUGAUAUAUUCACUCUUGAGGGAGAAACAGAUGUGUUGAGAGAAGAGAAAUCCAAAUAUUCAGACAGGUAUAUUUAGUUGUGGGUUGCUGCUGUGCUUUAGGCGUCAUCAUAAAUCUGCUCUUGUAUAUCAGAAUGAGAUUUAUUUGUAUUUUUUGGCAUGAUUUAUCCUCUGAUUUGGAUGAUUGGCAUGUGAUGAGACUGUUUCUGCUGUUUAUGUGGUUUGAAUAUGUUUGUUAUGAGCUGCUGCUGAAAGCCUUAAAUAAACUCCAAAUAUUCAAUACAA